AUCAUCGAAGAAAUAAUCCAGAAUAUAAAGAAAGAUGCCAGUUUUGAACAGAUAAAUUACCUCGAUAAUAUUUUGACAUUUUUAUGUUGUUCUAUAUCAGUUAUUUCAAUGAUUUUUCUAGUUUUAAAUUCAUUGCAUAGCGAAGAUUCAUUUGAAAUAUCAAAGUAUACACUCUCUACGGAAAAUACAAUCGAAAAUUACAAGCGAAACUACGAUUUUUGAAAUUUUAUUACCUAUGUGCAUAAAAAGUGGCAUCAAGUAAUGAAGACGUAAAAAAAAUUUACCAUAUUGAAAAUUAGCCAUUUUUAUUUUCUGGACAUAAUUUAUUACUUUUCUUACCUAACGUUUCACUUAUUUACUAUAUCUAAGGAAGCGUGUUCAUUCUAAAAUCGAUUUAAAUGCCAAGCCGCUGUUGGAUUCUUGGGUGUCCGUCCAAUGUUGAUAGAUCCAACACAAAGUUUUUUAAAUUUCCCCAUGAUGAGGAACUAAAACAACUUUGGAUUGAUGCUAUUGGAAGAGAUGUUGCACCUUCUGAUUUUUCCAGGGUGUGCUCCAAGCACUUUAGGCCUGAAGAUGUUGAAUCUCUCAGCAUUAUACCACUGGUUGACUCUGCUAACAAUAUACCGUCUCGCCUCAAACUUAGAGAAGGAGCUGUACCUUGUGUAUUUGAGGGUCUAGUUCCUAGAAGACAACGCAAAAAGUCAUCACCAAAACGCAAUCUCUCUCCUGAAAAAACAAAGAAUUCAAAAGUUAUGCCACGGAAAUGCUGUGUUCCUGGAUGCAAAUCAAACUACAACAAAGAAGCUGUCUACACAACAGUAUUUCAAUUUCCAUCUGAUCCAGACAAAAAAAAGCUAUGGUUAGAAAAGAUCAAUAGAGAAAACUUCAAACCAAGUGCAUCUUCAGUUGUUUGCAUUAAGCAUUUUGAAGAGAGUUGCAUCAUCCGGGAAGAUAGAGCUACCCGAGACGAUGGCACUGAAUUGGUUGUGCCAAGGAACAGGUGUACUCUAACUGCUGAUGCAGUCCCAACUAUAUUUGAAAUUUUAACCCCAAGUAAAACAUCAACACCUAAGAAAAAACGUGUUGUUAAAAAGAAGAAAGAAGUUUCAAAAAGUGAGGAAAAAAGUAUUUCUAAUUCAGAACUUGAAAAGGAAACUAUUGCUAAUGAAUCUUUGAACAAGUCAGCUUCAAACACUGAUAUUCAGAGUGGUGAUGAAGAGGAUAAGAUAAUAUCUCUGUCUGACAGUGCUUUAGAUUCUUCUACAUCUGAAAUAGAAAAGAAUAUUGACACAUCUCCAACAACAGAUAAACCUAUUAUUACGAUCCUCAAAGCUCAAGUAGAAGAUAUUGAAAAACCAAUAUCUGAUGAUGAAGAAGAAAUCAUACCACUUGAACAACUUAAGAGUCCUAUUAUAAAAUCAAAUAUGAGAAAAAUUCUGAAUGAUUUGCCAUCUCCUUACAAGCAUCUGCCAACAGUGUCUGUUUGCUUAAAAGAAGAAGAUAGAGUAAUCUUAACACAAGAUGAAAGUAAAUCUCUCAAGCGUUCAUCUUCUGUUAGUAGCAAUAAUAGCAAUAGUGUAACAGAGAAUGCAAAAGUCUCUCCUUUGCCUAAAAGAAGAAAAGUUGAAAAACCUGCACCAAUUGUUAUUGGCAGACAGAAUGAUGCCUAUUGUUGGGCAUGCCAUCGUGAAAAUAUUGUUCUUACCUGCAUUGCUUGCCCCAGAGCUUACCAUCUGAAGUGCGCUGGGGAAAUAUCUGAGCCAUCAGACUGGGUCUGUUUAGAAUGUAGGCGAAUUCUCACUGCUGAAAAUGUGGAUACACGUUCAUCAGUGUUAUCAGAAAUAUCUGUUGACAAACUAGGUGCCCUGUUGAGAUUUUGUUUAAAUAAGAUGAAACAUAGAGCAAUGCCGCCUUUCCAACAGCCUGUUUCUCUUGAGCAUUAUCCGAUGUAUCUGCAUUAUGUUAUUCAUCCAAUGGAUUUUAGUUUGCUUGAAAAGAAUAUCAAACAAAAGCUGUAUGGAUGCACAGAAGCAUUUUUGGCAGAUGUUAAAUGGAUAUUACACAACUCUUGCGUUUUCAAUGGAAACCAACACCCUUUAAGCGGCAAUGCAAAAGCCUUGGUAAAAGCGUGUGAAACAGAUAUGCAAGAGAUUGAAGUGUGUCCAGAUUGUUUUAUGCACAGUGUUAUCCGCAACAAAUACUGGUUUGCUGAUGUUUGUAGAAAGCCUCAUCCUCUUGUUUGGGCAAAACUGAAAGGUUUCCCUUAUUGGCCUGCAAAGGUUGUUCGUAUUCUAGAUGGCAAUGUUGAUGCUCGUUUCUUUGGUGCUCAUGAUAGAGCUUGGGUUCCUAUAACUCAGUGCUACCACCUUUCAAAGGAAACACCCACUACAAGUAAACCUAAGAAGAAAGUAAAUUAUGAUGCUGCUUUAGAUGAGUUAAAUGUGCAUGUCCAAUUACUUAUCCAAAAAUUUGGUAAAUUUGACUAUGCUUCAUCCCGCACAGUGUUUGAUCCUAUGAAUAAGAAACUAAUGUACCAUGGUGUUGAUAUUGAUAAGGUAGAUAAGGAAGAAAUACCUUUCGAUGCUUCAGCUGCCAAUAGCAAAGCAUUUUGUCCUUCUCCUACAGGUGAAAGAAGAAUGAGCUUAGAUUCAAAGAUGGAUGUUGAUCAUUGUGAAGAAGCUUCUUCAAAUUCAAUGUUUUCAACAGCUGAAACGCGAAUCGCCCGAAUGCUAUCUUGUGAAGAUGAAAAAGAAAUUUUAGAUUCUUCUAAAGACAAGACUGAAAAUAAAACUCAAGAAACUACUAGUGGAAAAUCUAAAGAUGAUAAAGAAAAGGAUCUUUUUCUGGAUGAUCCACCUAAGUCUAAGCCUACGUCAAACGUACCCCGUGAUAAGCUUGAAAUGGCACUGGAGCGUAUUAAAGGAUAUGUUUCAUUAGAUACAGAGGAAGAGAAAGAAAGCAGCAAUAAAGAAGAUGAGCCAGAUAAGUCUGAAUCUGUUAAAGAAACUAAUGUAUCUUCUGAAGGAACUACAAGUAUUUUAGCCAAUUUAAUGAAAGCUAAAAGUUUACCAAAAAUUGAUUUACCAGAUAUUCCUGCAAUAGAGGAAGAAACUACUACAAAAGAGAAAGAAAGUUUUUUGGAUAUGUCAAAAAAGAAUGAUACAUUUAAGUUGCAUCUUCUUGAAACAAUCAAAAAAGCAAGAUCUCGAGCUGCUGCGGAUGAUGAAGAGGAUGAAUCUGAUAUGGAAACAGAUGAAGAGGAUUCUGAUAGUGAUUCAGUCAUAGAUGAAGAAGGUAAAGAAGUUAUAGAGGAAAACGAGUCUGAUGGGCAUGAAGAUAAAGAAGUAAUUGAUACAGUCACUGAUGAGGAAGGAGAUGAUACCGAAUCAGAAAGUGAAAAUGAAUCAAGUUCAGAAUCUUCUGAAACUGACAUUGAAGAAAUUGAAGAGGAAUCCGAUAAAGUGUCUAAAAAUGUUGAAAAACAAGAUGAGGAUGCUGAAAUUCGUGAAUCAAAUGAAAGAGACAGUGAAAUAGUUGAAAGUAGCGAAAAAUCUGACAUUCCGGUGCAUUCUAUUACUCCUAAAAAAUUAUCUCCAGACACUAAUAAAAAUAUUGAAACAAAGUCAACAGAAAAAUCUCCUACAGGAAAACAAUUGAAUGGAUCUUUAGAAAUUCAAGACAGUGGUGUUGCAAGUAAUAUAACACUGGGUUUACAGCAGGUAUCUGAUGCUGAUACGCAGAAAGGAAUAGAAAGCUCUGAGGAGAAUUUAGAUGAAAACAAGAAUGAUGAUGUGGAAGAUGAUGAAGUAAUUAUUUGCCCUCCUGUUAAACCACCUACACCUCCUCUAAUUUGUCUUGAUGAUGGUACUGAAACAGAAUCAGAAAAUGAAGAUGGCAACAAAGUUACUGAUGCUGACAAGAUGUCAGGAAAAAAUGAAAACUUAAGUAUACUUCAAACAACUAAAUUAGUAGAAAAACCUUCUGUAGUUCGUUUUUUGAAAUUUAAUGCAAAUGAAGUUUCCCUUUCUAGAGAAAAGAUAUUUCCUCGAUUAAGAGACCUUGCGACACAUCGCCGUAACAAUAAAAGAUCACGAAUAUCAACAUCUAGCUCUGGUGAAGAAAGUAGUGAUGAUGGUCUUGUUGUCGAUCGUAACACAGGUGUUCCUCUUAGAGGUGCUCGUAGAACAUUUAAUAAUUUUAAGAAUAGAUCUAUUUCUGCUUCUAAGUCAAAUAGUGUUCCAGAAAGUCAAGAGAUGCAUGAAUCUCCUGCUGAUGAUCUUGAGUCUAGAUUAGAUCAUAGAAAAAACUCUGUAGAUAAUUCUUUAGCUGAAACUUCGUCUGUUAAUGAACCUCGAAUUAGUGUUGAACAAAGUAUGAUAUCUGAUGGAUUCAAUCAAGAAAAUAGUCCAGAGAAAGGUCCCCUUGAUGAAAAAGAUAUGGAAAUAAUAAGAUUAAAAAAGAAAUUAAAAACACUCUUAACUGCCUUCAAGUUACAACACUGGAAGUUAACUCAAGAAAAAUUGGAAUUAAGGCAUAAUAUGAAUCUUAUAAUCAUGGAGAUGCGGGCCAGCCUUGAAGCUGAAAAAAAACAAGCUGUUGAAACAUUAAGCCGGAAAUUUGAUCAUUUCAAACAAAAGGCUGUUAAUGAAGUAAAGAGAAAUCAAUGGUGUGCAUUUUGUUUAAAUGAAGCAAGAUAUCAGUGCUGCUGGAACACUAAUUAUUGCUCAGUUAAUUGCCAAAAACGUGAUUUUCUUGUACAUAAAAAAGUAUGUACUCGAGUGAAACAUAAGCCAAGCUCUACUGUGAUUGGUGAUUCAGGAAGUGAGCCAAAGGAUAAUAAAAAAGUUUAUGUUGUCAAUAUGGUUUCGAAAAGUGAUUCCAAAUCAUCUCAACUUCAAAUUGUGCCAGCGAAUUCAAAUGUUUCGGUCUUAUCUAGUACAACUACUACAAGUGUGCCAAGUACUAAUGUUCAGUAUAUUGUAGCUCAACCCACUAUGAAAUCUAGUGAUUCAACAACACAUGAAGUCUCUAAAGCAGAAGAGAAGCAAGUAUCAAUGGAUACUAGUGAAAUUAUCAAAAAUGUCAGAAAUCGCAAUUGUGAUUUGUCUACAGCUAUCACUUUACUGAAUAAAAAGAAUCUAGAAACUGCUGCAUCUUCAGAAGAAAAUAAAACUAAAGAACCUGAUUUAGAAGAAAUAUACUUUCCUUCUCCUCCUCCGGUGAGUUUUGAAGGCUUAGAUACUGCAAGUGCUGAUGAAAGCAUACUAAUCAGUCAAUCUGAGGCUUCUGAAAAAAAUUCAUCUGACACAGAAAUUUUAAGUCAAGAAGACAAAAAAGGAGAUUCAUCUGCUGAAGAAGAAAUAAAUUUUUCAGAUAAUGAUGACGCUGAUAAUGAACAAGUCUCUAUAGGAAAUGGAGUUGAAAUAAAGGCUAAGUUUUUAAACAAAUGCCUGAUAUAUGGCAAGACGGCCAAGAGAUUAACUCGAUGUUUGGUUGAUGUUCUUUUUCCAGACUUGAAACAACUGGCUACUUGUUCUGCUUUUGGUCAAAAAUCUAAUGUCACAAAACUUACUCGUGCUGCGUUGCCUGGAAAGAAAGUUACUGCUAUCCUUGAAUUUGUUCAAAAAAGAUUCCCAACAGCUACUAGAACAGAGAUUGUUUUAGCUAUAAAUAUGAAAUGCAAAGAAGCUAGAAAUAUAGUAGAUAAGCAAGACGGAGAAAAGCCUGUCAAAAGAAAUUUGUUUCGUAGGUUAUUGGCCAGAGAUCAAAGUCUUGAAGUAAACAAAACGAGUACAGCAACAACUACUACUGGAAUCUCUGUUACAACUGGUUCCAUGAGACCGAAGGCACCUAUAAUGGUAAUGAGACAACCGCCUACCAGCAAAAGUAUCACUCUCAAAACUCCACCUCUAUCGUCAGAACCUAUUACAUCUCCUACUAAAAUUGUUAACUCGCCAAAUAUAUUGAGAUGUUCUCCUCAGGUCUUAAUAAGACCAAAAUUUUUACAACCUGGGGAUAAGCCGAAUUCCCAACCCAAAUUUUCUCCAAAAACUUUUAGAACUUUACUACCUAGUCCACAACCUAUUGGAAUUUCACCCAGAGAACCUAGAAAAAUUAUUCUACCCUAUGAUGCUUACAAGAAAUCUGUUUCUCCACGGUCUUCUGCUGGUACCAACCCUUCCCCUAGACCUUACAUUAUUUUGGGAACUUCUUCUUCAUCUUCACCGCAGUCUCUAGCUGUUACCCAACCAAGUUCACUGCCAUUGCCUCUUCUAAGAAAAUGAGGAGCUUCCCCGUUCAUCUCUGCAUGUAUCAUUAGUCUCCAUAAAUGACCAAUGUUUGUGAAUUGUGAUAGUUUCUUUUUCAUUAUGUUGAAACAUGUGCCAUAAAUGACACUGAAAAUCAGCUUUAACUUGUUCAAAGAUUACCAAUUGCCAUGAUUACCUCCUUAAAAUAUUGAUGGAUAAUUGAAGAAAAUAUUAUGCAACAAAUUCAAGGUUGCUUUAAAGAAAAAUUACAUAAAAAUGUACUGCCAUUAAACAUUUAAACUCGAUUAUUCCUUCAUUAAUUUUAU